GUUCAGUGGCAUCAUCACCAACAUGUUGGAGCUCUUGACACUAUCUAACGACCUAAGUCCCUGCCUUCUGACUGGAGAUCGUAGUCUGCUACAGGCAACAUCAAGACGCCCACGUAUUUGGGUCAGUAAUUACCAAUGAGCUUAACAAUGUGAAUGUGCGACACCUUCUGCAGCUAAGCCAAUUCCCUUUCAAGUCCUUCUGAACCUCUAAUUAUAGGUCAUAUUAUCGCUCAGAGCAGUUGUGACUCGGCUUCAAGGUUGUUGUCGCCAAGUUCGAGAUCGACCAACAUGGUUGCCCUGCCAACCCCCCGUAAACAGCGCUUCGCAGUCUUUCCGUGGCACAGCAUCGCACCAGGGCCGAUGACGCGUAUUGUUGUUAACCAGACAGUGAGUGCAGCGUCCCGGAGCAGCCUCUUCUUAAAUCAACCCAUCCUGCUGCGGGACAUUGAACAUCCUGUCAGACUGAAACUUUGAUAUGACGAUUCGGAAAACACAGCGCCAGUUGCAUGCCGAAGCCCCGUCGUGAGUCUGCGGCGAGGGCCGACACACGUCCUGCAUUCAAUCGUCCCCCCAACUCGCGCCCUGCCCCCGUGCCCCGUCAGGCGCGGAGCGAAGAAGAAGACGAUUAUGAGCCACGGACACCGAAAAGAGCGCCGAAGGAAAAGGCCAAAGCCUCGCCUGUGCCCUCUCCCUCCCCCGAAAAGAGACCGCGCCGACCGAGUGAUCGCUACCAAGGCUCGAGCGGGUUGAAAAACAGUCCGAGGAGAGACCAGCAGAGAGACCGAGCAAAGUACAGCUCUGGGACGUCCACCAAUAGCGGAAGCCAGCUGUUAAGUAGCGAUGCGUUGGCGAAAUUGAAUGCGCACAACGAAAGGGCCGAGUUUGAAGAGAAGUACGAAGAGCGCAGACGCAACAAGAAGAAGCAGAAGCAAUACAAAAACCUCAAGGCGGCGGAGGCGACACAGCAACGGCGGAAGAAACAGAAAAACCGGAAUGUCAGUGGUGCCAUUCUAGAAGAAGGGCGUGCGGGCGAGAAGCACAGACGUGCGCAUGGACGCGGCGGUGGGUACGGGAAACAACACGAGGCUCACAGGCGAUCAGACACAGACCGCGGAAGGCGAAAGAAGAAAUUCUGGUGGCUGGUGAUUCUAUUCGUCGUGUUGCUGGCUAUCUUCAUCCCGGUGGCAGUGGUGGUGAGCAACAACAGCAAGAAAUCAAGCGGAGGAUCCUCAUCUUCGUCGUCAGCGACCACAGGCGACGGCUCAUCAGGCAUCAGCAAUGACUGCGAUUCGAGCUCGAUCCCGGCAAGCGUAAAGGGUACCUACACCGAUAUUUCCACCUGGAUGGACACCACCGACUUCAAUUGUACAUAUACUGCCGAGACGGUCGGCGGGCUCUCGGUCAUGGGCCUCUAUUCGAGUUGGGAUGAUUCCACCAAAGCCAACGACAACGUCCCUGCUCUGGAUGAACAAUGGGAAUACGGAAAGAUGCCCAUCCGAGGCGUGAACAUAGGCGGCUGGCUUUCACUGGAACCCUUCAUCACCCCUUCAAUGUUCAACUAUCCUGCCUCCGCCAGCGUGGUCGACGAGUGGACGUUGUCGCAGAAGCUUGGCCCAUCAGCACAGCGCGUCAUUGAGACACACUAUGCAACUUUUAUCACAAAGCAAAGCUUCAUUGAUAUCAAGAACGCAGGCUUGGAUCACGUAAGGAUCCCAUAUCCCUAUUGGUCGGUCACCACAUACGACGGCGAUCCAUACGUACCAAAAGUGGCCUGGCGAUACCUGCUUCGAGCAAUCGAGUAUUGUCGAGAGAACGGCUUGAGAGUGAAUCUCGAUCUGCACUCCGUCCCAGGAAGUCAGAACGGAUGGGCUCACAGUGGUCACCAAGGUGAUAUUGGUUGGAUCCUCGGCGCCGAUGGCGCCACCAAUGCACAAAGAUCACUGGAUAUCCACAACCAACUGUCCCAAUUCUUUGCCCAAGAUCGGUACAAGAACGUGGUGACUAUUUAUGGCUUGGUCAACGAGCCAAAGAUGCUGGUAAUUCCCCCUCAGUCGGUGCUUGACUGGAACCAAAAGGCCAUCGCGAUCGUCCGAGGGAAUGGCAUUAAGCAGCGCAUUGUCUUCGGCGACGGCUUCCUCAGUCUGGAUAGCUGGGACGACAUGUUCCACGGAGUCGACGACAAUUUGGUCAUGGAUACCCACCAAUACCAAAUCUUCAACACCGGACAGCUCAAGUUGAAGCACCAAGACAAGAUCAACCUCGCCUGCUCCGGCUGGACUGGGCUAAUGGUUGCUGCCAAUAACCCGCAAACCGGCUGGGGGCCGAUUCUGGACGGCGAGUGGUCCCAGGCCGAUACUGAUUGCACCCCAAAUCUGAACAAUGUCGGCGUAGGCUCCAGGUGGGCUGGUACGCUCGACACCGGCGAUCCGGGCACAUCAGUUCUCACACCGACCUGUGCCGAGCCGCCAUGUUCUUGUGCGCAAGCCAACGCUGACCCGAGCCAGUACAGCGCCGCGUACAAGCAGUUUCUGCAAAUGUAUGCCGAAGCCCAGAUGCACAGCUUCGAGCAGGCCUGGGGCUGGUUCUACUGGACUUGGAAGACCGAGAGCGCCGUACAGUGGAGCUGGAUGUUGGGCCUGCAGGCCGGCAUAUUGCCUGACAAAGCGUACGCUCCAUCUUUCAAAUGUGAUUCUGAAGUCCCUGAUUUUAGCGACCUCUCUGAAAGUUAUUGAUUGACGGGCGAUUCUGGGAUAUGAAAGCAUCGGGAUUGGAGUUUUGGAUAGAUCGCUUAUGUGCUGCAAGGUUGCCAUAAUGUGAGGCUUGUGAAUAGCGAAGGUGUCUUGGAAACAAAGAUGAGGCAUGAAUGAACAUAUGUACGCAACCGUCUCACCUGUUCCGGGAUGCCAGACUUCGAGCCUUUGUCCGCUUGUGAGGAAUCGUCGUGAGCGUCCCUUCUCACAAGGCUGGUAGUUGCCAUAUAACAAAAC